UGGCUCAGUUUGUUUUCGUUGGUCCUUGUGGAAGGUUCGUAGUGGUCGAAUUUUCGUACCAAAAUUCGCCGGCUCGCACAGUUCUUUAUUUUCUUCCUCCCGAUAUACAUCGAUACGAUCGCUAUCAAUUUUCAAAGAAUUCCCGAAGUAACGAGAGUUACUACUACGUGUCGACAUCGUGUGUAAAUGUCGUGAUAUGAACGAAGAUCGAUUACUCAACGAAAAGAUAGUCGUGAGUAAAGUGUCAAGUGCGAGCGGACCAUGAAUACGAUGUUACGAUGCUGGCUCCUCUGCAGUUUCUUUCUGCUAGGAUGCAUUCAAGAAUGCUGGCAACUCGUGAUAAAAAACGUCACCAUACCGUCGAUGGUGAAAGCCAACGAUACCGAUCAUGUGAUCCUGGAUUGCGAUUAUGAUCUCGAGGACACGCCGAGCAAAGGAUUAGUCGUAAAAUGGUUCUUUAACACGGAUGAAGUGGCCUAUCAAUGGAUAUACGGUAGGAAACCUCUGGCCGGCGAUACGUUGUCGAACUAUGUCGAACUGAACUACCCUGCCAGCGACGAUCCGUACACAAUGUAUCGAGCUAUAAAAUUAAAUAACCCCGAUAUCGAACUUAGCGGAGAGUACAGGUGCGUCAUAUCCACGUUUGCGGACGAGAAAUCCGCUAGCGGAUCCAUGAUCGUAUAUUCAACAGAGAAAAAGUUCGAUCUUAUAUAUACGAAGAAAACUAUAGAUGAUAAGGAUGGGGUGGAGAUAACAUGCUUGGCGGAAGGACUAUAUCCACAACCUACCCUUAACAUAUCCAUCGAGGGUGUCCCGGAAAAUCAAACGUUCGAUAUUAUACAGCGUGUCGAUGGACUGUACGACGUUUUAUCACGAACGACCUUUCUGGACGAAGAGUUACCGGAUAUAACAACUAUCUCAUGCUUGCUCCAUAUACCAGAGGCGAACUACAACGUUUCCCACGAAACCGUCUACUAUCCCAGGCCGCCUACUACUUCAACUGCUACAACGAAGCUGCUGCACAAAAUGGAGACCCAAACGUUAAACGACUCAGAGCCUGGCAAUGGUGGUGGAAAUCUGUCUGGUCAAUUGUCAAUUAAUAUUCUGCAUUAUGCCAUUAUGCCACUAAUCAUCAUAUUCAAUUAUCUUCAACCGUUUAAUUAGGUUUAAAGGAUUCAGAAUUAUCAAAAUCAUUUGUACUACGCCUAAGAUACUUAUUGAUAAACACGGUGUGCCUACGUUAAAUGUUGUUUCACAAAAUACAGACAGAGCCAAGUGUCAAAGUUCACGCUGGAAAGUUUAUAACUAUUCACACGCGUACAUAGGUACACAAUACAUUAACAAGAUAAGAUGUAAUGUGCUGUUUAGAGUGUUCUUUUUUAUUUGUAUUCUUAAUGAAAUUCUAGUUGUCGUGAUUGAGCACGAUUUAAAGGAAAACCAAAGAUAUUAGAUACACGUUGAUCGAGAAAUAAGAGAAGAAGAAAAGAUAAAAAAAUUUUAUAGACAAAUAUUCGAUAUGACUUUGUAAAUAAGAUUUGAUCGUAAUAUAAUUCGAGUCAUGAUUGUAGAUUCUGUUUGUUAUGUAUCUUCGGUGUUAUGUCAGAUUUAUAAUAUAUAUAUAUAUACAUUGUUUAAAUGAAUAAGA